ACCUUCGAGUCACAACUCCGCGAUUCUCGUCCUGAAGCUGAAAUUGUCGCGCCUGCCGACGGCAGCGAGGAGGCGACUAUAGCCUCAUCCAACGUGGCCGAUGAGGCUGCUGAGCGCCUUGAUCAGAACUUCGAGGACAACUACGACAGCAUAGACUGGCUGCGCCUACCACGCUUUACGAAGCCACUCACAACAUCGCGGCGUAAGCCUUCUUGGAUUUAUCAACAUGGCUAUCGCGUUGUUCUCCUUACAGACCCAGAACAAGUAUUCUGGGUCUGUCGAUACUGUCACAUCCACAAGUAUAUUGACGCUGGCCGUGGUGGUGUUUUCCCAGCUGCUGCGACAGCUCAAGCUGCGCGCCACCUCUGCGAGCUUCGACCUGGCCAUAGCCAUCAGCUGCCUGGUAAGCCUCGCAGCGUCGUUAAUGAAGGCUCUAUCCGCAGCCUAUUCAAGAGUGGAGUACCAGUGUCUCAAGAAGUCGCCAACGAGCUUGGUCACUUCGAUAUUCAGCGCUUUAGGCUUGCUGCGGUAGGAUGGCUUGUCGAUAACAACCACCCACUCUCUGAGUUUGAGAAGCCAGCGUUUCGAGACAUGAUAGCUAUGGCCAACCCAGAGGCAGAAGCGGCACUUUGG